ACAGUUUACUCAAAUAAAAACUAAUAACUCCGGCGAUACUUACUACAAGUUCUACAUCGUAUCAUAUAUAAAUAAAAAAAUGUUCUCUUACGAUUAUUUAAUUUUACUUAGUAAUAUUUUAAUUGUAGCAGUACCCGUACACUCUCAAAGCAAACCAAGCCUUGGAAUAUCAUCAUGUUAUUAUGUUGGUGAUGUCUAUGUAGAUUGUGGUUCACAGAAUGUCAGUAUUGCGGAAAUACCAAAGGAGUGCACGGCUAUAAUUGUUGAUGGAAUUGAUAUGACUGAAAAAAACAAAGUCAAAUCACCUGGCGAAGAAAAACAAUUUCCAGCUGACUUAGACUUAAUAUUGAAAAGUUCUAAGAAUGUAUUUAUAUUUUACGGACACCAUACUGAAGAAGAAUGGGCUCAAGUACUUAACACUGAAAAUGAUCAUAAAGAAAAAAAAUUAAACGAAGAAAUGAAAGCCUUAAAAACUUAUUUGGACCAGCAUCCGGGGAUAAAAGGUCUAAUUAUUAAAAAUUUAGAAUUUGAUGCAAACUCCACCAAUGUUUCAAACUACUCGGAAAAUUUAAAAGUUUAUCUUGAUGCGAUGAGAUCGAAUUUUCCUAAUAUGUCUAUUGGCCUUUUUUGGGAGGAAAAUUUGUAGUAGAUCAGUAUAACAACCCAAAAUUAACUUGGUUGAAUUUCACAAUAAUAGAUCCGUCAGUAGAUUUCUACAUCAUUUCUGUAGUGACCUUUAAUGAAUGUACUGAUCAAUUCAGACUUCUUGGAACCGCACCAAUAGGAAAACUUCCUUCAAUAACUAGUACAGGUGUAUCACAAUCAAAUGUGUCAAAAAUAAGUUCAACGAAUUCAACAAGCACAGGUUCAACGAAUUCAUCAAGCACAGGUUCAACGAAUUCAUCAAGCACAGGUUCAACAAAUUCAUCAAGCACAGGUUCAACGAAUUCAUCAAGUACAGGUUCAACGAAUUUAACGAUGCCAGAUACAAACUACACAUUGAGUAAUUUAGUAGGUAUUUAGAGGACAUAUUUGUGCCACCAAAUAAAACAUAUUAUAUGUAUAGAUUGGGCCCAUUGAGCAAUGAUAAUUCAACUAAAGCAAUGUGUGAAACGACUGUUACCAAGGUAUAC